AUAAAGUCGUCUUUCUGCUUCGAGAAGCAUCGGUUCCUCGUUCUCCUCCGUCCAUGCGUCGACCGCUAGGGUAAGAAGCCUCCGUCUCUCUGCUCGUGGUGGUGGAUUUCCAUUUUGAGCUUUCAUCCGUGACUUUCAGGAAAGGUAUUUAGAACGAUCACUUUUGUGCUGAAUAUAACUAAUGGAGACUUAUAAGCAAGAUUCUGAGGUUCAUCAGUGGGAACUUGAUCUUUUCGACAACCACAUAGUUCCAAAUUCUCUGCGUCCUGGAGUCUCCAGUGAGCAAAACUUCAGCUAUUAUGAGGACAUUUUUAUUAGAGAAGAUGAAGAACCUACGCAAGUGUCUAUUUUCACAGAAAAUUUAUUUCGCCCAUACACGAGAGACUAUACUCUAGGGAUUGAGGAUGAAGAAGAAGUUGCACAACAUAAUGCAUCCUCUAGUUCAUGUUCUAGUCCUGGAACCAACUAUCAUGGUUUGGAGUGUUCGGUAGAAGUGUCAAAUGAAUUUUCCACGAUAGAUGGUGAAAUUGACAGGAGGUUUGAUCAAAUGGUUCCUAUCCCUCAUGUUCCUAGGAUCAAUGGAGAAAUUCCUUCUGUUGAUGAAGCCAGUUUUGAUCAUCAGCGUCUUAUAGAUCGGUUGCAACUGUAUGGCUUAGUUGAACGUAAGGUUGAAGGAGAUGGUAACUGUCAGUUCCGAGCACUUUCUGACCAGUUAUAUGGAACACCUGACCAUCAUAAGCUUGUGAGGCAUAGAAUUGUUGAUCAGCUCAGGUCUCACCCUGAGUUCUACAAGGAAUAUGUCCCAAUGGCAUACAGUGACUACCUGAAAAAGAUUUCCAAGAGUGGCGAGUGGGGCGAUCACGUGACAUUACAGGCUGCAACAGAUAAGUUUGGUUGCAAAAUUUUUGUCAUUACAUCAUUCAAGGAUACUUGCUAUAUUGAGAUUUUGCCAAGAGAUCAGAAGCCUAAUCGAGUCCUUUUCUUAAGCUUUUGGGCUGAGGUGCAUUACAACUCAAUUCAUCCAGAGGGUGAUCUCUGUACCGGCGACGGGAAGAAGAAGAAGAAAUGGUGGAAGUUUGGAAACAAACAUUGAAUCAAAGUGGCAAUAUUUUUGCUUCAUACUCAAAAAAACAUUUUUUAUCCUCACAGCCCUUCUAGGAGAAGGAUUUUUUUGUUUUAACAUGGUACAAGAUUAAUGCUAUCAUUUACAUGACAUCCCAAUUCUGUUCAAUGUUGUUUAGGUGCUUCAUGAAUAUUGGUUAUAUGAUAUGCUCCUGGUUUAUUAAAACUAGUGAUUUGUAAUAAAAUUCUAUAUAUGCUUGGCGCUUCAAGAUUAUUGGUUA